AUGGUGGAUGAGAAAAAGAAAGGUGUGUUGAAAGGGUGUAUAAAAGCCACUAAGGGACCAUGGCUGGUGCAUAAAAAAACAAAAGAUGGUGGUAUGGUGACCACAUAUAGGUUUCCAAGUGAAAAGGAGCGGCAACACAACAAACAAAGGGAGCACAAAAGGCGAGAAAUAACGAAGAAAAUAUUUGCUGGGCUGAAGGAGCAUGGAAACUACAAGCUUCCAAAGCAUGCUGAUAGCAAUGACUUGCUCAAGGCUCUUUGUGAGGAGGGUGGUUGGCAUGUUGAGGAGGAUGGAACCAUUUAUCGAAAAGUUAACCAUUUACAGCAGCAACAGCAGAAAUUUAUGUCAAAAAUUCCAAACUUAAUCAGCAUCGAGUCAGAUGAAGAAGACUAUUGUAAUUGUUACAAUGGUAUGGAUUCAAAGAAUGGAAUGGUUUCAUCAUCCAUUAAAGAGUCUCAACAAGGGCAUGGUAUUAUUAAUCUCACUCUCUCACUUUCAACCCCAUCAACUGAUCAAGUUUAA